AUGGCGGAAAACAAACCCUCUCUCCUGGCGGAUACGUCAGAUACACACAACACCACUGUCCCGUCCCCCGGGCCAGUCGGUGUGACGGAGGGGACCUGUGUAGGGGUUGAUGAACUGACUGAUACUCCAGAUACUUCGCCGGACGGUUUCAGAGACACGUUAAACAAACGAGUAAAGACAUUAGUACGAGGAAUAAAACGUGGAAGUACACCCAAACCGAUAGCAAAACCGGAAGUAACACUUGUAGAGGAAUGCCCGAGAGAAAACAACGAUGACGAUGAAAAGUCGAGCUCGUUCGACAACGACAGUACCGGAAAUGAGAGUGAAAUUGAAACACAGUCAGAUAUAGCUAACUUUGAUUCUCCAAACAUCUGGGAAAGGAGAAAGUUACAGAAUAUGCUCGAUGAUAUUUACGACUUUAACCAUUUCCGGCGUGGGGUUGCUGUGCUAAUCGUGAAUACAGAGUUUUCAAAUAUCAAAGAUAACCGACCUAGUGCCAAACACGAUAUCAAAAACCUGACAGAAUUGUUUCAAGUUCUUGAUUUUUACGUCAUACUAUUACAGAACAAGACAACCAGCGAUUUGAGGGACUCAUUGAUAGAGAUCCAAUCAAAGUUGGAGGAAGACAGUGACUGUUUUGCGUGUCUGAUCAGCACUCAUGGCGCGGAGGCACAGGGUCGAGACCACAAUAUCCGGCAGCACGUGCUUCAUACAUACGACGGCAUGAUCCCUACAGAUGAGAUCGUCAGUAUGUUCAACGAUAGCAACUGUGCAGCAAUGAGAGGGAAGCCAAAACUUUUCUUCAUACAGGCGUGUCGGGGGCGAUACGAUACAGCCGAUACAGAUAUGGUGGACGAUGGAGUCGAGAUAGACAUCAUGGAUGUAGUUCCACCGUUCGUCAUGUAUCCAGGAGGAGAGGGGCAUGACGUUUCCUAUCACCAGGGACAGAAUUACAGUGACGAAUGCACGAGUACACAUGAAGAAGAAAUCGAACAGGAGGAGGGGCAUCGUGGGACAUCGUUUGAAAUUCGGACAAAGGCGGAAUCUAUAACAAAGCAGGAGGCACAUGGAAACACUGGAGAAGACGACUUCAAAAACACUACGAAAUCUGACGCAAAAGGUAGGCCGGAUGACGAUAUCAUAAGGAUGCAGGGAUUGGAACAUAUACCCUUUGUCGACGAUAUAGAGAAAACUGAUGACGAGCAGGAACAAAGAAAAAAUCGAGAGGCAUGCCGUCGCUACCAAGAGCAAGUGCAGCGGGAAGAAGAACGGAAAAGGCUAGAAAGAAAAUUGGCACUCCAGCUGAAAUGGGAAAUUGACUUCUGCUCCAUCCCGUGCUACAACCAUUGUCUCGUUAUGUUUUCUUCUGCCCCAGAGCGGUUUGCGUGGUGCGAUGACCACAUUGGAGGAUGGCUACCAUAUUGUAUGUAUAAUGUAGUGUGUCGGCUCCACAGAUACGACUUUCAGACAGACUUUCUACAAGUGUUGACGGAAGUAAACCAUGAAAUGGCAGUGUAUCUCAAGACCAAUACUCCAAGCAAACCGGAAUUGCAUCAAACAAAGUCAGCGGCAUGUAUUUACCACAUGCUCACCAAAGACAUUUACUUCCGGCUAAAGUGGAACAGAAAUAGGGAGUUUGUUACGGAAGUGUGA